AUGAAUUCGGUUUUCCUUACACUGCGAAGGCAUUCAUAUUCAGGAGCUUCUCUAAGUUGCUCUGAACAAGCUCUUCAAAUUUUAUGCCUCAUAGUCAAGGCCACACAAUAUGAACUGUUGAGUUUGAAGAAGAUCACAACGGUGAAAAAUUGUGAAGCAAUUGAGGUAGAUGGAUUUAUGAACUACAGAUUCAAGAUAGUAAGAGGAAAUAAUAAUAAAGAAUUUGAAUUCACAUUUGUUGAUUUGCCUUUGAUGAAUCCAAAUGAUUGGAUUGUUCAGUUCAACAUUUUGUUAACAGAAAAGACAAACUAUGCAAAUCAACUAUAUCACUUAAAGAAGAUGAUUAUAUCAUAUCUCAUGGAGUUUUGUAAUGUGGAUGUGGAGGUGGCUAGUGUAUUUCAGAAGAAUACAACUAUGAAACCAUCUAAGUAA